AUGAACAAUGACAAGGAGCAUGGAACUUGUGACGCUCCCGAGGAGGACCAUGAAGAGGCAGACAGGGUCGCUGAUGAGUGCGGAUAUCGUUUUGUCAUAUGGCCAGGUGUAGUGAGUGCUGACCCAGAGGGUGGAGACCAUGUUGUCCUGGACAGUGAUGGAGAACCCUACUGGUAUCACAUAGAGUUCUUAGGUAACCCACACUCACAUGGCUGGGUGCUCAGCAGAGGCGUGGAGCUCUAUGGACAUGUUGACAGGAUUAGUGGAACAGCAGGCACAUGCCAUGUACAGGGUCCUAAACGUAAAAAGCGCUGCAAAGGUUUAAAGCUCACCUACCAGCCCAGGCCUGUCAGUAGGAACAAGUACAUGAAACAUGAUGUACAGGAUGCUGUAGUGGAAGCAGAUCAGCUGGUGAAGCAUUCUCUGCAGGAGAGGCUGAGACUGUGUCAGUUUGUAGACAAGCCAAAGGCACAAGAGAAAACUACCUCAGGUUAG